AUUAAAAAAAAUGUUCGUGUUACCAUCGAAACGUUGUUUGCAAUUGAUGCUGAGUACAUUUAACUUAGAACCUGGCGUUAAUAAAAAUAUAUUAGCUGAUUUAAAGGACGUUGCCCAAAAUUUAACUGAGGAAAAAAAACUCGUUAAUAUAUUAUUUGACGAGGUGUCACUAGCACCUGGACUAGAAUUUAUCUCGUCACUAGGAAAAAUAGUCGGAUUCGAAGACUUGGGGCACCAAAGAAAAAAGACUCUGGCUGACCACGCGCUUGUGUUCAUGAUCAAAGGGAUUAAAAGUAAAAGUAAACAGCCCAUUUGUUUUACCUUUUGUAAAGAUACGACUAAAGCAAAUGAGUUAAAAAAUUUAUUAAAAAUAAUUAUAAAAGAAAUCAACGCCACUGGGCUAAUAGUAGUGGCGACUAUCUGUGACCAAGCCACUACUAAUGUGCGAGUGGUGCAGGAGCUGCAGAAAGAAACUAAAGCAAUGUAUUUAAGACGAGGAGAUACAUAUAACUCAAAUGCUAUAGAGAGCAUAAAAUUCUACCUGAGGAAUGUGAAGGAACAGCAGAUUUCAUUUUAAUAUUUGAUAAACUUUUCGAUUCUUUUAACGGUCAUUCUUAUCAAGGUUCACCAAAGCCAUAUAAACAAUGUUUGAAAAAUAAUUCACCCCAUUUUCAGCUGUGGAAUGAUUUGUUGCCGAUUUUAGAAUCUAUUAAAUUUGAAUCAAUAGUUAAAAGAAAUAAUUGUGAGUUGAUUAAGCAUGAAUCGAUUCCCUCAAUCAGAAAUUGGAUACAUAAUAUUAAAACUUUUAAUGAAAUGUGGCAAUACUUGCAUGCAAAAUAUAAAUUAAGAAAUGUAUUAACUCGAAAUUUUAACCAAGAUCCAUUAGAAAAAUUUUUUAGUAGUAUAAGGAGCAAUGGUAUUCGUAAUGUUAAUCCUAAUUGCAAACAGUUCAUCAGUGCUUACAAAACAUUGUUGAUUAAUAAUUUUAAUUCUGUACAUUCUGUUAGAGCCAAUUGUGAAAACGAUAAUAGCAAAUCAUUUCAAUCAAUUACUAAUUUACUUUAUAAAAAGCCAGGUAAUUCAGACCACGAUGAUUUUGCAUGUGAAAUUGAUACACUAAUAAGAACGAUGACCGAAAUAAAAAAUAAUAAUUCUUUGAUUUAUAGCGAAUCGAAAAAAUACGUUACUGGGUACGUAAUUAAAAAAAUUAAAUCGAAGAUUUUUAAAAACUGUAAAAUUUGCAUGCGUGAUUUCUGUAGAUCUGAUGUGGAUUUUCAAUCAUUCACUUACGAAGUUGAUUAUACAAAAAAAUCAUUGUUUCAGCCAAGUGAAAGUUUUAAUAAUUUGAUGAGUGAUAUUUAUCAUGUUAUUGUUGCAUGCUUACGCGAUUAUCCUGAAUCAAAUGUACUUAAUAAGAAAAUAAAAUAUAUGAUAAAUUGUGCAUGUGAUUAUAAUGUUAUAUCAUGUGAUCAACAUAAGGAGGUACUGAUUGAGUUUAUUAAUGAUCUUUCAAUUAAAUUAAUUAUACAUAGUUGGUGCAAUGGGGUGAAUAGAAUUUUGGCAGGUAAAAUAACAAAAUUUGAUAAGAAUGACCAAAUCAAACAACAAGCGUUUGAAAUGUAUAAAAAAAAGUUUAAUAAAAAAUAAAAUGUAAUAAUGUUUAGUCAACGAAGUCCAGAAUCAAGA